UGCGGCCGACGCCAACGCCGCUGCUGCCGCCGUCAGGUGGAUGUGUAGCUCGGUCCCGGAGCGUGGGAGAGGCGACCGGUCGUCUCCGUGACAUCGUCCCCGCGGGACCUUGGCCGGAGGUGACUGCGGCGGUGCUAUGGUAUCUGCAGGCCCGGUGCAGCAUGUCUAGACCGGGGGUCCUGGGCGGCGCUCGCUCCGGGCUCGGGCUGAUGCUCGGCGCCGCCGCGGGCCUCGGGUUCCUCUGUGCCUUCUACAUUCACCGGAGGAAACGGACCCGGAGCCAUGGCGGGAACUGGAACGCGUCCAACUCCCUGGGCUACACCCGCACCCCGGAGCCUCUCCGCCAGGUGAUGCUCUUGCGGGCAGCACCAGGGGAGGCUGGUGAUGCUGCGUCUAUUCCCAGCAUGCCGAGGGAGAAGCAAGAGGAGGUGCUGGAUCGCCUGGACUUUGUGUUGAGCAGCCUAACUGAGCUUCGGCAGGAGGUGGAAGAACUAAGAAAUAGCCUCCGGGGUCUUGCUGGGGAGAUUGUGGGGGAGGUCAAGUCUCAGAUGGAAGAGAACCAAAGAGUGACUCGGAGGAGAAGGUUUCCAUUCAACAGGGAAAGAAGAGACUCCACUGGCUCCAGCUCCAUCUACUUCAGUGCGAACUCGGGAGUACUUUUGACUGAAGGAGAAAGCGAGGGAGGGUACACAACAGCCAAUGCAGAGUCUGACUACGACUGGGAGACAGAAAAGGAAAGUGAGGAGGAUGAAGAUGAAGUGAGCUGUGAAACAGUGAAAACAGGACGAAGGGACUCCCAGGACCUGACUGGCGAGGGGGAUUCCCUUCUGCCGGUGGACUCUGCCGGUGGAGAGGAGCUGCUCCUGCUGCUGCGGCAGGCGGAUGAGCUGCACCAGGGUGACAAGCAGAACAAACAAGAAGGUUUCCAGAGGCUCCUCAACAACAAGCUGGCGUAUGGAAGUCGGCAAGACUUUUUGUGGCGCCUGGCCCGGGCCUACAGUGACAUGUGUGACCUCUCCGAGGGAAUGAAUGAGAAAAAAUCAUAUGCCCAAAGUGGAAAAGAAGAAGCAGAGGCUGCCCUGGAGAAAGGGGAGGAAAGUGCUGAGUCUCACCAGUGGUACGCAGUGCUGUGUGGUCAGCUGGCUGAGCAUGAAGGCAUCCAGAGGCGCAUCCAGAGCGGUUAUAUCUUCAAGGAUCAUAUAGACAGAGCUAUUGCCCUCCAGCCAGAUAACCCCAAGUCUCACUUCCUGCUUGGAAGAUGGUGCUACCAGGUGUCUCAUCUGACUUGGCUAGAGAAGAAGACUGUUGGAGCCCUGUUUGAGAGCCCUCCCAGUGCCACCGUCCAUGAUGCUCUGCAGAGCUUUCUGAAGGCAGAAGAACUAAGUCCUGGUUUCUCCAAAGCUGGAAGGGUAUACAUCUCCAAGUGCUACAGGGAGCUAGGGAACAACUGUGAAGCUGGGCAGUGGAUGAAGUUGGCCUUAGAGCUGCCAGAUGUCACCAAUGAGGAUGUUGUCUGCCACAAGGACCUGGAGGAGCUGAGAGUAGCAUUGGGAGAAUAAGCACAUUCCUUGACCUUCAUCACCAGAAGGGCAAGACCACAUGCGGUAGCAGGAGAGAGGGAGUCUCCUCUUGUGCCUCCUGUUUGGACAAAAAUUCCUCCUUGGAGUGGAGGCUGAGCAAUGUUGAGGCUGGGAAAAGGAAUCCUGUCCUGAGCUGCAGUCUCACUGUAUUUGCCUCUUGCCCUGCCAUAGUUCAUUCACUCCUAGUCUUCCUCCUACCCUGAAACCAGAAAGAACUCUAAAGAUAAGAUUUUUUAUCAGGUCCCUUCUGGUUUUAUGUGAAUUCUGUGGUUGAAGUUCUGAUGGCAGAAUGAAGUACCUGUGACUAUAAACAAAAGCCUGGUCAGGGCAGUGGCACUGCCAGCUGGGCAGUGAGCAUAUGGGAGCUCUACUUUUUCACCGAUGGGUAGGUAAAUGCACUUUAUAAAGCCCUGGAACAAAGUGUGGAACUCUAUCUUUUCAUCCUUUUUACUGACCAAUUGCAAUUUUAUUAUAAAAAUAUCCUUAGGAUCCCACCCUGCUCGGUCAGGGUAAGAGGAAGGGAUAUGAGAAGACUAGAAAUUAUCUUCAUCUUACCCCCAAUGUGGGCUCAGGCUUGGGGCAGGAUCUGGCUGUUUCCUCCCUGCCUGGAUCACCUUUUUUAAAGUGAGGAAUUAGCUUGUUUAGGAUACUAAUAAAGCAAAGCAAUGAUAUUUAUAGCUGCCUGGUCUAUAUUGUGGUACAAAAUUGAAAUAAAUCAGCUCAAGUGGAAGUGAGAUCAA